GCCCUAGUUACCGGCUGGAGCCACCGACGCGGAGGCGGACGGGUUCCUCUUAAAAGAGAAACGGCGGCGGUGCGCGCGAGGUUCUGGUGCCUAUGGCUUCCUCCCCGGUGGACGCAUCCCGCAGGCGGCAGGAGAAGCGACGGCAGCUGGACGCGCGCCGGAGCAAGUGCCGCAUCCGCCUAGGUGGCCACAUGGAACAGUGGUGCCUCCUCAAAGAGCGGCUGGGCUUCUCCCUGCACUCGCAACUCGCUAAGUUCCUGUUGGACCGGUACACUUCUUCAGGCUGUGUGCUCUGUGCAGGUCCUGAACCUUUGCCCCCCAAGGGUCUGCAGUAUCUGGUGCUCCUGUCUCAUGCACACAGCCGAGAGUGCAGCCUGGUGCCUGGGCUUCGGGGGCCCGGGGGCCAAGAUGGGGGGCUUGUGUGGGAGUGCUCAGCGGGCCACACCUUCUCCUGGGGCCCCUCUUCUGGCCCCAUAUCUCCAGAGGAGCCCAAGCCAAUUUCCCAGCCAAGUACUGCCCCAAGAAGCUGGUGCCCAGAGGCCAGGAGUGGGCAGGAGCCAGCAGGUUUGGAGCCUGAGCAUGAGGAAGGGACUCAGGAGGCCAGUUCACUCAGCAGGGAAGUGAGACCCCUCCUGGAGACCUUCCCCUUCCCAGGAGAAGAGGGGGAGGAGGAAGAUGAGGAUGAAGAGGAGAUGCUCAGUGAUGCCAGCCCAUGGACCUACAGCUCCUCCCCAGAUGACAGUGAUCCAGAUGCCCCCAGACUCCUUCCUUCCCUUGUCACCCAUACACUUGAGGGGGAGACACCCCCAGCCCCAGCAGCUCCCCUCAAUCCCCUUCCUGUACCAUCCUCCUCUUCUUCAUCACUGGGUUCUGGAGCUCUUCUGUCUACCGAAGUUGGGGUACAGCCCGAACUCAGAGGGACUCCUCAAACAGCCCAGCAGACUGAGCCCCUGGCCAGCCCUGGGAGUCAGGCCCAGUCUGCUCUGACCUUGGCCUGGGAAGAGGACACAGCACAGAUCGGCCCCAAGAGAAUUAGGAAAGCUGCCAAAAGAGAGCUGCUGCCUUGUGACUUCCCUGGCUGUGGACGGAUCUUCUCCAACCGACAGUAUUUGAAUCACCACAAGAAGUACCAGCACAUCCACCAAAAGUCCUUUUCCUGCCCAGAGCCAGCCUGUGGGAAGUCCUUCAACUUUAAGAAACACCUGAAGGAGCAUGUGAAAUUGCACAGUGACACCCGGGACUACAUCUGCGAGUUCUGUGCCCGGUCUUUCCGCACCAGCAGCAAUCUCGUCAUCCACCGGCGCAUCCACACUGGAGAGAAGCCCCUGCAGUGUGAGAUCUGCGGGUUCACCUGCCGACAGAAGGCCUCCCUGAAUUGGCACCGACGCAAGCAUGCAGAAACAGCCGCUACUCUACGCUUCCCCUGUGAGUUUUGUGGCAAGCGUUUUGAGAAGCCAGACAGCGUUGCAGCUCACUGCAGCAAAAGCCAUCCAACCCUGCUCCCAACUCCACAGGAGUCACUCGGCCCUUUGGAACCCUCCCCCAACAUCUCUGCCUCUGUGCCCCUGAGGUCUGAUGAUGAGUCCAGGCCCUCUCUGGUUCCUCAAGCUCUGACCACGCUCCAUCAGCAGUGAGCAUUCCUGGGCUCUGAGGAGCCAGACCCCAGGGACUGAAGGGGAGCAAGGAAGAGAAGGUCCAGAUGCCUGGCCUCCAGAAACUAGGGUGACAGGGAGUGCAGGGUGGUGGGGGGCAAAAAAACCAAGACAGGCUACUUUAGGCUUCCUAAACAGAAUAAACCCAGUAUUUUACAGU